AUGUCUUUAGUGCAAUAUUCUUCUUCUGAUGACAGCAGUGAUGAUGAACAACCAACAGUGAACUCAUCUGUAAAGACAACAGUCAAUUCAACAUCAAACAACAUCAUAUCAAAACCAACUGGUUCUGGAACUUCCAUUUCAAGUUUCUUACCUCCUCCAAAGAAUAGACAACCGCCUAAAAAGGAACCUAGAGUAUUAGGGAAAGCUAUAAAGAGUAUUGCAGGUGAAAGUCAAGUUAAUCCUGAUAAUAUUGUAUUAGAGAAGAGUUCAAAACAAGUUACUUCAUUUAUACCAAGUUCAUUAAGAAAUAAGAAAUCAACUCCAAAAUCAAAAGUAAGUGAUAAUGAAACUACCACGACAACUACAUCCAAAAUACAAGAACCAAAAUCUCAAAUUGAGUUAUUCCAAACAAUAAAAUCCAAACCUAAACCAAUUACAUCAAAUCAUACUAAAUUAGAAAUACGACCAAUUAUAGAUGAACCAGAAUCAAUUGAACCUAUAAUAACAUCACCACAACACAAUGAAGAACAUCCAAACAAGAAAAGAUCAAGAGGUGAAGAUAUACCAGACCCCUCCAAUAUCAAAGAAUUUAAUGUAGAUAAGUUUUAUCAAGAAAAUCUUGAAUUAAAAGAUCAAGGAUUAUUACAAGAGAAUAAGAAAUUACAUACAAUAACUAAUCAUAAGAACCAAUUGAGUGCGCUAGUGAAGAAUGCUCAACAGGAUGGUGACCUAUUGAACGAACGCAUUGAGCAUAACAAACGACUCAAGAAAGAACGAGGAGACAAGUAUGGAUGGUGA